CCAACAUGGAGUAGAGAGAGAUGGGGCUCUAGCGGGGCCACCCCUCGGUAACAACCAGCGACUUCUUUUUGGCUUUUACGCACCAAAGUGGCACCAAAACCAGUGCGUCUCCGGCACCAAAACCAGUGCGUCUCUGGCACCAAACCAGUGCGUCUCAGGACUUAAGGAGUGUGUGUGUGCGUGUGUUUGUGCGUGUGUUUGGGGGUGGGUGGGAGGGGGUGAACAGAGCUUGGAUAUUGGCUACUAAAUAGUCUUUUUGGCUAAAUGGAGUUGGAGUUCUAGGACAAUCUGCGAUCCAAGAAGAAGGGUUGGAUAGAAAAGAAAAAGAAAAAGAAAGAAAGUGUGAGUGGCUCUCUGGGGUUUUAAGGGGAGAAGAGAGAGAAAAGUGAGGAAAAAAGGAAGACAGAGAGAGAGAGAGAGAGAGAGAGAGACACUCACACAAAGGCAAGAGAGGAUUUAUGCGGAUUUGGAGCCCGGAUCGGAGGAGCCUCGGUGGGAGAAUGACGAGCGAACAUUACCUGAGGUGAAACGAGAAAAUGAUAGAAGAAACACACCCAAACGAUGAUAGCUACAUCGUGCGUGUGAAAGCGGUGGUGAUGACGCGGGACGACUCGAGCGGCGGCUGGCUGGCCCAGGACGGUGGGGCUCUGAGCCGGGUCGGCGUGUGCCGCCUGCUGCCGCCAGAGCUGGCGCCCAUGCCGACAUCCGGCUGCUCCCAGUUCCUAAUUCGCGGCGAGCGGCUACGAGAUAAACAGGUGAUCCUUGACUGUCCGCUGAGGAAGGACCUGGUCUACACCAUAGCAACGCCCACAUUUCACCAUUGGAAGGUGGAGGACAGGAAGUGCGGCCUGUCCUUCCAGAGUCCAGCGGACGCCAGAGCGUUCGACAGAGGGGUACGGAAAGCCAUCGAGGACCUGGCUGAAGGCUCCACAACGUCCUCUACAGCACUCCAGAAUGAGGGCGAGCUGGGAGACGACGACGUCUUCACUAACACCACAGACAGCUCGUCCAACUCCUCCCAGAAACUGGAGAGCUCUCUGCAGCAGCUCGAGUCCUCGCCCCUACCGCAGAGACACAAGUGCAUGCUGGGACAUCGCCACGACCUCCACGACCCCUACCGGCUCCCAGACCACUACUUCAUGGACCAGCCGUUGUCUCGGCUUCCCCGUCACGUCACCUUCCAGGAGGACGAGGAAAUCGUCCGCAUCAACCCUCGGGAGCGCAGCUGGGAGCGAACCUCCGAGCGCCACUAUGGACGCCCGUCGGACCGGCCCUGGCUCAAGGGCUACGAGGACUACCGCCACGCCACCGUGCGGGACAAGUUCAUCCAAAUGGAAGAGUCGGAGCACUACGUCCACUUCGACAAGACGGAGGCGCAGAAGCACGACUACACCUACCCGCUGGCGCCGGCCCUGUCGCCCUCAGACUCUGACCCCGCCCUCGGACCGUUGGUCGUAAAGGGACACGGCGGCUCGUAUCGACAGGCCUUCUCCUCCGUGGUUUCCGCCCAGCCCCGCUCUUUGCCGUCCGCAAAUGGCGGGAAGGGGCGGAAGGAGGACGGGUUGGAGCGCGCUCAGUGCGAGCACUGCGGCGAGGCCUUCUACCUCUCCGACAACCGGAGAGGCCUGUGCCACGAUGCGCCGGACCCCGUGCGGGCGGGCGUCCGGCGGGUCAGCUGCAUGUGGCUGGCAGACACCAUGCUCUACCACUGCAUGUCCGACCCGGAGGGGGACUACUCGGACCCGUGCUCCUGUGACGGGGGCGAGGGAGGCGGAGGCCGACUCGGCUCGCGCUGGUUAGCUCUGUUCGGCUUGUCGCUGGUGGCGCCCUGCCUCUGCCUUUACCCGCCUCUCCACGCGUGCCACCGGGCGGGGCUCAGGUGUGGCUGCUGCGGAGGUCGACACAAGGCACUGAGCUGAGAGGCCGCGCUUGGAAAAACCCUCUCGAAAAGGGGAAACGACAAAAAACACCGAAACCCCAACGCAAGCACAGGGAAAGGGAAGGAUGGAGGGGAAAUGCACAGAGGGGAGACAAGUGGUCACGGCUGCUCACGCUCUUGCCUUGGUUUCUCUGGGAUUCUCUACAAAUUCCAGACACUGAAAUAAGCCAAAAAAAAAAACAGUUGGUGCAUUUUCUGAACGGCCUGGGAAGAUAAGCUCCCCCUCACGGCAGACAGUUCUCUCAGCUCUCCACGUGGCCAUUUCAUGCUCUGUUUCUAGUGAGAGAGAGCACUCUUUUUUCAG